AUGAAGUGGACGACCAUUCUGAUCGCACUUGGUGCCCUCUCUACCCAGAAAUUCCUCUCUCAGGUAUACGGAGCUGCCACUGGCAGUCCCUUCGAGAAGCUUCCGAUAACCGCCCCAACGUGGGAGGUGGAAGUAACUCCAGGGGGUGACAAGGUCACCCUCAGUGGUACCGUGCAAGAAGUACACGCACAACUCCUCAAGCUGAACCCUAACUACGACAACGACUUCCCUGCCAAGCGUAGCGAAGAGUCAUCCAGCUUAAUGAAACGAGACUUUAAAUAUGAGAAAUACUACUGCUGGGGAGAAGACGGCUGGCAUUAUGCCCGCAAGCGCGGCGAUAGUGGCGACCUACAGGAUGGGAUCGAUUACCUGAACAGCAUAGGAGGUACACCUGGACAGUCUGCUGGCAGCUGUGGUCGUGUCAGUUGCUCAUACAAUAUGGCCAUCUAUUGGUGCAACGCUAACUCGGAGAAACACUAUCUCAAAUCCUAUGCAACUAUCGCUGAUGGCGCCCAGUUUCUUUUGGACAAGUGCGGUGGAGAUAACAAACCCCAUGGGGAAGUGGUCGCCCCGAAUCACUGGAGCGUUAGGGUUGUGUCGGAUGCUUGUUGA